AUGGAGAACAUGGCUGAGAGGAAGGUUGAGUGCAAAAAGUGGAACACUGUGUUGUGUCCUCCAACGGAGGCUUUGUUGAAGAAAUUUAUGGACAUGUGGUGUCAUUGGUCAGUUAGCAUGUCCAGUGAGACUCUUUUGGAGAUUCAUGUUGAAAAAUCGGUCGCCAUUGAUCUUGAGAACGGAACUUGUUCUUGCCAUCAGUGGCAAAUCAACUCAUUCCCAUGUUCACACGCUCUUGCUGCCAUCCAGAAAGUUGGAGAUCUACAUGUGUAUGCAUACAUCGAGUACUUUCACACUUGCCAAAGCUACAUUGAGGCGUACACGCAUGGUAUUCAACCAAUACCUAAUAUUGACAAGUUCUAUGUGGAUGCAGCAACUUCAUCUGUAGUUGUGCAGCCUCCCUUGGUUAGGAGGCCAUCCGGUCGACCAAAAUCGAUUUGGAUGAAGUUUGUUGCAGAAGGUGGGAAGAGGAGAGCAAUCAAGUGUGGUCGGUAUGGUCAGUUGGGGCGUCACAACAAGGCAACAUGCACAACACCACUCUGA